AUGUCCAACGAACUAGCUAUUGUUUACGCUGCCCUUAUCCUCGCUGAUGACGGGGUUGAUAUUACCGCCGAUAAAUUGCAAACUUUAACAAAAACUGCGGGUAUUGAUGUUGAACCUGUUUGGGCUAAUAUGUUUGCUAAAGCUUUUGAAGGAAAAAAUGUUACUGAUUUAUUGAUGAAUGUUGGAUCUGAAAAACCUAAAGAAGAGGAGAAACCAGCAGAAGAAGACAAAGAAUCAUCUGACGAAGAUAUGGGAUUCG